CUUUCUGCUUAGAAUCUAGAGAAGUUGAGUGAAUUAAGAGCCGAGUGAAUUACGAAAGUUUUUUGUUUAGUUAAGGAUCAAUUAUUAACUGCAAAAUGGCCUUUCGACGCUGUCACUUGAACCCAAAAAAGACUCUAUUCCUGCUAUGCGAUAUACAGGAAAAAUUCCGGCCAAGUAUGCCGCUGUUCGAUAAUAUGGUGAAGAAUGUGGACAAAUUGACAAAGGCGGGCAAAGCGUUAGAUGUGCCAUUAAUUGUUACGGAACAUUAUCCUGAGAAAUUGGGAAAAACCGUUUCCGAUUUGGAUGUUUCUCAUGCCAAGGUUGUUCUAGGUAAAACCUACUUCAGUAUGAUGACUCCCCAGGUGAAGAGCGUCAUCAAGGACAUUUUUGGCGAGAAACCGCAGGAUGUGGUCCUCUAUGGUCUGGAGUCUCACAUCUGUGUGGAGCAGACGGCUAUUGAUCUACGGGAGCAGGAUAUUAACGUCUAUAUCGUGGCCGAUUGCUGUUGUUCCCGCCUGAAUCAGGAUCGCGAUUUGGCCCUGGAACGCUUACGCCAGGCGGGAUGUGUGAUUACCACCAGUGAAAGCGUCAUCUUUGAUCUUGUGCGUGACAAGAAUAAUCCCAAGUUUGACGUUGUUCGCAAAUUGGUGAAUCCCACCUCCCAGGACAUGCAACUCACUCGCAGUCCAUCCAAAUUGUAAGGCAUCUUUCUAUAUGUUAGCUACAAUCAGCUCAAGAUUUAUUCCUUCACUUGGGUUUUAAGCUUUAGCGGCUAUUAAAGGUCAAUCUUUCAAAGCAAUGUUAAAAAAACACCAAUAAUAACAGGUAUUUUAUUCCUUUUGAACACAAUGAGAGCAUUUAUUUUGAAAUAAAACGUGCUGAAGAGACAAA